UUUAAAUUUGUGUCCAUCCCUAACGCGGUGGCUUCCGACGUUUCAUGCCAAAGUUAAUUAGAGUCCAAUUCCGGUUCAUCCUUAACAUAGAUCGAGAUGCAACCAACCACAAUAAUCAUACUGUUAACCAGCUUACUUUGCAUGGUAUAUCUUACGGAUGCUGAGGUCUCUAUUAUUCAAAUGAAAUAUGACAAAAAUGGUAAACCGUACAUAAUAUACGGAGCCAAGAAGUAUGCUUGCGACCGCACACGAACUAAAAAAUAUAGGGAUAGCAGUGGAUGUGAGGUAGAGUUGGAAAUUAUAAGGCCUACUGAAGAGCAAAUUCGUCAAAGAAGAGGAUAUAUUUAUGUCUAUAGAAUUUGCACGUAA